AUGCACGCGAGUCCAGGGAUGCGGCCCAUGCUCGCGAGCCAGUAUGAUCGGAAGAGGUCGGACUACGUAGUACAUGCUUCGGAGAUUGCGCUCUGGGCACAGACGUACGAGAAUAAAAAAAAUUGUGCGCCAGGUCAAGCGAAAAAUUUCGUAGCGUCGGCUAUGACGGCAAACGCUACCACAGACACGAGGAUCUGUAACAUCUGCAGUGUCGUCGGCCACAUCGCUCGUAUCUGUCCGACGAAAGCGAAGGACGAAAACGACGACGGCGAGGUGCGAUGA